AGCGCUAAUCGAUUCAAAGAUAGCAAAUACGAACAAUCAGGAGUGCUACAAGAAAAUAAACAGAUCCAAGAUGUUGACACACAAAGGUUUAAUUUGUUGUUUUGGAUUUAUUCUACUGCUUAAAUCGGGGAUUUAUUGUGCCGGUGCCAGUGAUGUGAGCCAAUGUCCACCACAUUUGUUACGGAAUCAGUACUUGCGACGCAAUGGGGACAAGUGCUACUAUUUUGAGACUCGGGAACUUGAAUGGAACCAGGCUCGAUCCAAAUGCAGGCAGUCAGGCGGAGACUUGAUCACAAUACGUAGUAGGGACGUGCAGAUCUUCGUAGAAGGGGUGUUACGUGAAAUAUGGAGGAAUAACGGGAUGUGGAUUGGAGCUCAUGAUCGCCACGAUGAAAUGAAUUGGAUAUGGGUCACGGGUCAAAAGGCGUACCGCGGCAGAGAAUUUGAAAAUUGGGACCAUGGUCAGCCGAGCUGCUUUCUCCCGAACUUCCUGUGCCACGAGGAUUGUGCGUGUCUGAGAAUUGACGAGGGCUACAAGUGGCAUGAUUAUUUGUGCUCCUCUGACUUAUUUAAGUAUGGAUUUGCUUGUGAAUAUGACGUUAUUCGUACACCGAAACCUCAACCACCGGCUGUUACUUCCCCCAUCAAACGCCUGACAACAACAACAACAACUACAACAACAACAACACCAGUGCCAACAACAACUACAACAACAACAACAACACCACCAACAACAACAAAGACCACCACAACGACAGCGGUACCAUCUAAAACUUCACCGGCGAUUCAAGUACAGACAUCCAAGGAUUUCAGCAAAUCCACUACCAUAUUGGACAGCUUGGUAAAAGACACUACCCUAAAGACUACAACUGAGAGGCCAGAUGUAGAAGAGCCAGUGGUGGGUAAUGCUGGACAGGUGGAGGCCAGUAAGAUGGAGGAGGACUCCGCAGGGAUCAAAACAGGGAGUCUGGUAGCACUGAUUGUGUCAUUUGUGCUCGUGUUCGUCGCUGGGCUGGUCAUUGGAUUAUUCUUCUGUAGGAGGCGAAGAAACAAGUAUGAAGAAAGCAUGGUUGUUGGUUUCAACAAUGUGCUGUAUGAGCCUGCCCUUACAUCUCCUCUGCAUGGCUCAAGGGUCAAGGACACAAAUAUAAUCUUGGCCACACACAGGAAUGAUGACCUUGACACUGACACUGAGUCAGAGCACAGGUAUGUGGACAUAGCUGACCUUGGAAAUGGUCCUUGUGGAUUAUCCAAUGUCAAGGGAGCUAAAUUUGUAGACCUUCCCACUUGUCAAGACAUAGACAAGGAGGCGGAGUCAUUUACAGUAAAUUGUGUCAAUCAAAACAUCUAUGACACAGUCAAAGACAGUUGGUCAGAGAAGGACGGUGAUGAGGAGGAGCCAAGUGCAGAAUCUAGGUCAAGGUCAAAUGAUGAGCCAGAGGGCGGAGUCAUUGGAGCGGAACAGGACGACGAGGAGUUUAGUGAAUUUGAGGGGGCAGCUGCAGAAAUGACAGGUGUGCCACCCCCUGUUCCUUGCAGGCACUUUGGGGGUACGCCCUUUUCUCCAGAAUUUCUGAAGAAAGAUACUGAUGUUUCCCAGGCUUACUCCAACAAUCUCUAUGGCUACCAUAAAUAACAUUAAUGCUUGGAACGUGUUGCCAUGGUGUUUCUGUAAAAAACAUGGGUUUAGUUUUUUCUCAGAAAGGUAAAAGUUGACCCUAUAUGUGGCUGGAGCUAAGUAGAAUUUGCAAUUUAUGUUGUUAGCUUUGAAGCGCUCAUUGAGUUGCAAUGUAAAAGAAAAAUGGAAUGCUGCAAAAAUUAAUAUUACAGAACACCAUUUCUGAGUUUUUGUGUGAUCAAAAUGUAUUGUUGUCCGUGGUGAAAGGCUCAUAUAUAAUGCUGACAAACUAUUUUUGGGUUUAUAUGAAAUGAAAGAAUAUGUGCCAACGUUUUGACUUGGCUUGGCUUGUUGUAAUAUAAGGUGCCAUCAUUUUCAUAGAAAUUUGAAUUUAUAGAUUUGUAAUCAUAAUUUGUAAUAUGUUGUUUAAACUUUUUUGUACCAUUUGUAAAACAUCUAUACAUUAAUUAUUCAAUGACAUUUGUAUCAUAAUUAUAUUAUAUUUUACUUACCUAAUAUAUGCUUUAAUUCUUCAGAAAAUAUUCAACUGUAUUUUGUAAACUUUUACAAUUUUUUUUAUACAAAUACCAGGUUGUCAUUGAACAUACUUUGUUUAAUCAGAAUCUAUACUCAGUAUUAAAACUAAAAUUCACUUUCUAAGAAUAGUUGCUUAUCAGGGUUAAAUGUUUAAUUUGAGUAAUUUCUGUAAAAACUCUAUUGUAAUUUAAUUGGUUGAUAUGUCAUUUUAAGCAGAAAAAAUCAAGGUAUUUGUUAUAGCCUUUUAUUAGCUUCCAUUUUUGCAGUGGAUUCAUGUCAAAACUUGAACCUUAAGCUUCACCUAUAAAUAAAUUAUUUGGCAAGUUUAGCCCCCUUUUUAGUGAAAUAAGCCUCUUAUUUGUGAGUUAAGCCCCUUUUUGGUGAGUUAAGUCCCCUAUUUGUGAGUUUACCCCUUAUUUGUGAGAUAAGCCCCUUAUUUGUGAGUUUAGCCUCUUAUUUGUGAGAUAAGCCCCCUAUUUGUGAGUUUAGCCUCUUAUUUGUGAGAUAAGGCCCCUAUUUGUGAGUUUAGCCUCUUAUUUGUGAGAUAAGGCCCCUAUUUGUGAGUUUAGCCUCUUAUUUGUGAGAUAAGGCCCCUAUUUGUGAGUUUAGCCUCUUAUUUGUGAGAUAAGGCCCUUAUUUGUGAGUUUAGCCUCUUAUUUGUGAGAUAAGGCCCUUAUUUGUGAGUUUAGCCUCUUAUUUGUGAGAUAAGGCCCCUAUUUGUGAGUUUAGCCUCUUAUUUGUGAGAUAAGCCCCUUAUUUGUGAGUUUAGCCUCUUAUUUGUGAGAUAAGGCCCCUAUUUGUGAGUUUAGCCUCUUAUUUGUGAGAUAAGGCCCCUAUUUGUGAGUUUAGCCUCUUAUUUGUGAGAUAAGCCCCUUAUUUGUGAGUUUAGCCUCUUAUUUGUGAGAUAAGGCCCUUAUUUGUGAGUUUAGCCUCUUAUUUGUGAGAUAAGGCCCCUAUUUGUGAGUUUAGCCUCUUAUUUGUGAGAUAAGGCCCUUAUUUGUGAGUUUAGCCUCUUAUUUGUGAGAUAAGGCCCCUAUUUGUGAGUUUAGCCUCUUAUUUGUGAGAUAAGGCCCCUAUUUGUGAGUUUAGCCUCUUAUUUGUGAGAUAAGCCCCCUAUUUGUGAGUUUAGCCUCUUAUUUGUGAGAUAAGCCCCCUAUUUGUGAGUUAACUCCCAUAUGCAUUAAUUAAGCCCCUUAUUUAUGAGUUAAGCUCCAUGUUUUUUAAAUAAGCCUCGUAUUUGUGAGUUUUAUCUGUUAAUGUUUUUUCUUGUUACUUUAUACAAGGUACAUAAAGAAGGCUUUAUUAAUGUGUAUUUGUUAUGUAUGUGAAGUAUAAAAUGUUUAUAUUUAUAAUUAUAUGAUUUAAGUUAAAACAUACAGGGAAUUAUAAUUUUAAGGAAUACUUGUCAGGUGUUUUCAAAUUUUCUUAUAUUUGUUUGUUAAUUGAGAGUUGUUUGUAAUAUUAAUCACAAUAUUUUUAUUGAUUCAAUUUAUAAUGACAGCUUUUGAAGUGAAAAGUUUUCGGAUCUAGUCAGGUUGUUGUUUUUUGGAUUUGAGUUCAAACUAAAUUGUCUAUGUUAUCAGAGUAGAAAUAAUAUAUAUUUGCCUAUCCUGAUAUUUUGAAGAAAAAAUGUCUGCCUAUUGUGAUAUAUAUAAAACCUGGGUGUCGCUGCCAGGCGUCGUUGUCAUGCAAAAUAUUAACUUUUCCCAUAACCCAAAAAUCGUUCAAGAUGUUCAAAUUGAAGAUGGCAGGUACACAUGUUGUCAGUGGCAUUACUUAUAAUGCAUACAUGCCAUAUUUCUGAGAGGCUCUACAUUCAUGAUAUAAGAAUGAAUACAGAAACACACACAAACCCUAAUUACAAUAUUAUUUUUUAAUUCCAGGGGAUAUGGAUCCCCCAGCGGGGGACCAGGGGCUGGGUCGGAAUUCCAGCAGAUUAUCCCCCCCGCUGGGGUAUAUAGCAUGUAUGCAUAUGUAUGGUAUUGUGCACAAUAUGAUUGGUUGAGCCCCUUAUUCAAAUGGAAAAUCAAGAACAGACAAACGUUUGUGUUCUCUCUACAGCGCUCUUGUUAAUAUCAACACCUGAAUGAAUUAAGUCUUAAAAAUUGUGUAACAAUCGAGCUAGCAAAACUUUAUUUGUUUGCAAUCAACCACAAGAAAUUGCUAGUAAAAUGCUUAUUAUAAUUUUUAUUUUUAGUCAAUUUGCUUAGCUGGUUGUGUAUGCCCGCAGUUAUAUGUAUGAGGGUCGUUCUGGAAGUUUACAGAACAUUAACUGAAAACCCCCCAAAUGCUUUUGUGUUGUCAUGGAUACCAGAGUUCUUUUUGAAGAGAUAGGUAACUUGCACCAAUUUUUAACCAUCAAUGGAGAUCAGCUUUAAACAUAAAUUGUUCCAGUACACAAACACAUUCAACAACAUUAUUCUUGGGAUAAAAUUUCUCGGAACUUUCUGGACUACCCUCUGUGUGUGCAAAAUAAGACGAAUGUUGCAUUUUUUAAAUUUUUGUUAACUUCUUCCAUUUUUAUUUAGACUAAGUAUUACUUGUCAAAGUUAUAUGAUUUGAAAUAUUAAUGAAUAUUUAACACAUCUUACCGGUAGAAUAUUUAUAUUUUUUUAAUUUCUGUAUUUUCUUGGAAAUGUUUGUUUUGAAUGUCAUUUUUCGAUUAUAAAUGAAUUAUUUUACCAGAUGUAGUUCUAAGAUGUUUCAUUAUAAGUGAUCUCAAGCGUUAGAAAAUAUUAGUUUGUAUAAAAUCGUAUCUACUUAGACCUUCAAUGAUUUUAUUUUUUUACUGGAAGUAAAUUUCCAUUCUUUUCAUUCCAUGAGUUGCCUACCAAACAUUUUCAAACACUUUCAAAUUUGUGUGUUUCAAUUUGAAUUAUAAUGUAUAUUAAGACACACCAAAGAGUUCCUGACUAUAGUUUUAAGCGUCAUCUCACGGGUAAUGUUUUCAGUGUUCAGAAUGGAAACAAACCUAAAUAUUAAGUCUGAAUAAAGAAAAAAAUAUUGUUUUUUUAGAUCAUGUUAAAAUAUUAAUCUUAAAAUACCAAUGAUCAGAUUCAAGAAAUAUAUCAUGUCUAUGCUCAAGAUGUAGGUGAGAGGGGUCUAAUUAUUGAGGUGUCCGUCUCUCACUCGAGAGGUUGUGGGUUCAAGCCCUACCUUGGUGAGAGUAGUCUAAUGAUUAAAGUGUCCGUCUCCCACUCGAGAGGUUGUGGGUUCGAGACCCACCUGGGUGAGAGGGGUCUAAUGAUCUAGGUGUCCGUCUCUCACCCAAGAGGCUGUGGGUUCAAACCCCACCUGGGUGAGAGUGGUCUAAGGAUUAAAGUGUCUGUCUCUCACCCAAGAGGUUGUGGGUUCGAGCCCCACCUGGGUGAGAGGGGUCUAAUGAUUGAGGUGUCCGUCUCUCACCCAAGAGGUUGUGGGUUCGAGCCCCACCAGGGAUACUUUCUCAUGGUCGCUCAAAAUGGACACCUGUACUGGUUUCUACUUAGGAAAUGCAUGAGAAAAGAUUUUCCUGAUUCCAAUCCAUUAUCCUAUAAUCUUUUUGUACAGUGAUGAUCACACACCAAUCAGGUAGCAGAAGAGUUCAUGCUUAGUUUGUUCUAUGACUUAAAUGUACUCGCUCAUAUUUUUGUAAAAUGCACUUUUUUGUAAGACGAAAUAAAGUGUGGCAAAUCAUUGGAAGUGUUUAAACUAAGAUACCAAAAGCGUGAACCCAUCAGCAAAUGUUGAUAUUUGCUUAAAUACCGUCUUUGAAGACCACAAUUUUUAAAUAGCAUUUACAACUCAAUUGGUCACUUAAUAACAGCUUUGUUGUUGCGUGAUUGGUUCAUUUACAUUAUCACAUGAUGUUAUCAAUGUAUUGUUAAGAGGUAAAAAAAUCCACUACUUUUGUUGACAUUCUGGUGAGCUUGUGGUUAAGGUCUUGUUUUUCUAGUUUUUUCUUGACUCUAUGGGCGUGGGCUUGCACCCCACUUAAACCAAAAUACUUUUUUUAGAUAAUAACUAUUUUUUUCUGCUGUUUCAAUAUCAUGGUAUAAAAUAAUGGUAAAAUUAGUGUUUUCAAAGCAUUAAAGUGAGCGAGUACCUUAAAGCUAUUUUGUGAAACUCUGUCUAGGCUGUAAAAAGCUCAUAGCAAAAUUGCUGAGAAAUAAUUGUUUGCUUAUUAUUAUAUAAGUAAUUGGUCCUCUUCAAUGUGUGUUUCUAAUUUUAAGGUUCCACUGUCAAUCAUAAUGAAAACUAACCUUAUCUUAAUCCAGACAAAAGAAUUGUGUUUUUUAACCUGUGUAUUCAAGCAGAUGUUGGCCUAAUGUAGAUACAUCUAAAUAUCAACUUAAUCAAGAAUGCAUAAGUGUAACAUAGUUUUUAAGAAUUUUGUACUUUCAGUUUCACUUUUAAACUUGUUGCUAUUUAUAACCUACUGCAUGUGUAAAGCUGUUUUUUAAUCAGCCUCAAUCGUGCAUCUUUAAUGUUUAUGAUUUAAAUACACUCUUUACCCUCUGAUAAAGUAAAGGGUUUAAAAAAAAUCUUGUAUGACUCACCCAUUAAAAAAAAUUAAUUAUUUAUAUAUAUCUAUGUAACAAGUUUUAUGUGAAAAUCUAAUUCAAGUUUAGCUACUAAGUGACUGCCGGUACUUUAUACUAAUAAGGCGAUUAUAAAAUUUAUAAAUGACAAUAUAUAAAGUAUAGCUUUAAAAUUCAGAAAAAAAUAUAUCAUAAACUGAAGAAAAAAAUGUCAAUUUUACUAUGUUUGGAAUUUUUUUGCAGUAAUGUACAUAUCUUUUGAUUUACCCAUGAAUUGUAUUUUUGUUAUCAUUUUUUUUGUCUUUUUAAUAUUCACCCUAACAAAUAUCUCAUUACAUUACAUUAGUAAAGGACUUUCAAAUAUGUAUUAUAUUUUAAGAUGUAACUAUUCAUUUACUUUGUUUCUUCUUUCACAACCUAUAUUACACAAUCCACCUGACUCGAAUUUUGUUAUUAUCAUCGGAGAAAAAAAAUUCUGAACUUAUUUUUUAUUUUCCUUUUGAGAACACCUUUUGUUUUUAUAGUUUCUUGAAUAAGAAAAAUGCUUAAAUGUAUUGACUUUAUAGAGCCCUAUAGUUAAGGUACUAAAAAAUAGAUUAGAUUAGCUUUGAAAUCAGAAACAAAGAAUUAUUUGUUUGGCCUAAUAUCACUCUGGAAUAAAAGAAAUAUAUUCAUGUAUUUUAUGUAAUUUCAUAAUGAUAAGUAAAUUAAGUAUACCUGGGAACAGUUUCAUCAAGAAUUCAAGGAACUAUUCAAUACCUAGGAAGGCAGGGUUUUUCCACUUUUAAGGGAAUGGUGGCAGGGCCCUUAAAUGAUAGUAGAAAAAUAGCUUCAUUUUGGCUUUUGAAAAAUACUUAUAUGAUUCAUUUAAUGUUCAACUUGUUGUCAAACCAUUUACUCAACAAACCUUAAUAUAUCAACAUAUUCAUGAAUGGCACUAAAUCACUAUAGUUGCUAAAUGAUUAAAUGAAUACAGGUCAAUUCUCCUUAAAAAAACUCUUUUAUUUUAUUUGGGGGUGGGGAGAUUUUUUUAAUCUAGGUUGGAAAAACAUAUAACCUUUAUCAGGGGCCAAAUUUCAGCCCCCAAUAUGGUCUGAAAAAACAACAACACUGAAAGGAUUUUAAACAGUUGAAAAUCUCUCCUAGGUAUAAAAUUGCCCCCUUGAGAUUCUUGAUGACAUUGGCCCCCAGAUGCAUUAUACAUGUACACAUUACCUUUUCUUGACGGUAUAUAUUUUCAAUGAGAGUUUUAUCAAAUUUGUUUUCACUUUUCGAACUUCAAAAGUCUUGGUGCGUAUGCACUUGCUUGCUUACUUUAGCUAUGUGAAUUUCUUGUAAAUAAUAUAGUUGUGUAAUUUCAUUGCUUUUUGUUAGUAAUAUAUCAUAGAAAUAAUUAUGUAUGUAUGUUUAAUAGUCGAGAUUGUAUAUAAGAGGAUCUCUGGCAUAAGUAUUCAAGCAUUUUAGAAUAUGUAAUCUAACAUUUAGCAUUUGUAUGAAAGUUGUAAGUAGAUUUUAUAUUCAUUUAGAGCAAAUCAUAAAGAAGACCAUUUCAUGAGAUUUGCAAGUUUCUGAAGUGAGCAGAAUUUUAUUAGGCGUUCAUUCUUUUUAUCUGACCUACCCUAACCUUUUGCCCCCAAUCCUAAUUUUGUUUAAGCUUUUGAUAAAUAUUUUAUGCCAAUGAAAGUUUUCACAUUUUGGGUGUAUAUUUCUGGAAGAUUAUUGCACAGCAAAGAAAGUGUGAAAAUAAUUAUUUGACACAGUUUGAUUUCACUAAAACAGUUCCUGUCCUACCUAACCUAUCUGAUCAAGGCACUUUUUCGAAAACAAACUAAUUAAAAAGAAAUUGGCCUUAAAGCAAGAUUGGUCACGGUUGAUGUCACUUUACCACAUCCAUCACAGGGAUAGCGAAUAAUUAUAUUCGAAAAUUUCUCAUGUUCAGUGCUGUUGACCAGCUGAGGGCUUUUGCAUUAAGAAUUACAAGAGAAAUACAUAAUAAAGAGGGUGCAACAUCUCUUUUGACCAAUCAAAUUAUAAGAAAUUCUUUCACAAAUCUCAUGAAAUGGUCUCGCAUAUCCUCGUGCCAAAACUUGCAUGCUUUUUGUGAUCUUUUUCUUCUUCCAAUUUAUUCUUAUCAGAUAUUAAGCUUGUCUUUUUUUUCCGAUAAACAUUUGAGCUAUUGUGGUAAUGUCAUAGCCUUGGUGUUGUUGCUGACGUGCAAUAACAUUAACUUAAGCCAUAUCUAAAAAACAGUUUAAAAAUAUUGCCAGAAACUGGACACACAUGUUGCCGGAGAUGAUUUCCGCAUGUAAGCCAAGGCCGAUAACUCUGGCUUUAAUAAUUAUAAAUUAUCGCUAGGUUUUCCACUGAACAAAAACAGACUAGUGUUGGGAUUCCCUCCGCGGUUCUCUUGGUCUUUCCUCUUGUGAUUUUUUGUUAUAUUUAUCUAAAAUUUUAAGAUAUAAAAUUUUAAGAUUUUCAAAUUUUAGAGAAGAAUUUGAGGUUAGUUACAUGUUAACGGUCUAUUGGCAUCUUAUUAGCGAUCUUAUCGUACAGUCACUUUUUUAAAUUAAUAUUUUUGAAUAGUUCUAAUAUCUAUUUCGAAACUUAGUUAAACAAGCUUUAUUGGUCAGCCUUGGGACAGUUAAUAUCAUUAUACAAGUUCAAACUUUUAAUUUGAUGUGUGAUACUCACUAAAAACAUAAUUGAAAUUCUUAAUCGUAACGAUAUUUUGUGGUACACUUGUUAAUUAAUUGACCCUACUGUGGCCAUAUUAUUACGAAUCGUAUCAUAUGAUAGCUUUUUCAAAACAAUUUUUAUAUGUAGUAAUAAUAUCAUUACGGGAAUAAUAAUUGGUCAGUUCAGACAAAGUUUAUUGAAACAUUUGAUUUAAUUUGUGACAUUGACUUAAUUAUUUACAAAGAUCAUUGAUCGUAUUGUACGCUCAUUGAGAUUAUGAACCCUCUAUCUUAAAUUAAUCCAUGAUCUGUAUCAAGAUAUUGUUUAAUAAUAAUCUUACUCCUUUACUGUUAACAAGAUUAUGUAUUUUAUCCUUUAUUAAUCCAUUUAUUUGUAGCAAUAAAGAAAUAAUUUCUUUCUCUGUCUUUGAUGUAACAAUGAAGUAAUGUAUUAUUAUUUAAUGUAUAAUGUAUUAACUUGGCAAUAUUAAAAAUUGUUCGCAUUAUUUACAACAUUUUCUAAUAAAUGUUUAAAGAAUAA